AACGACAAUCUGAGACUAUAACAGUAUACUCAGUGAGGAAUGCAUUAAUUGCUUAAAGUUGCUUGUAGAACAAAAAACUUAUUAAAUCUUCAUAAUAUAUUUGAAAUAUUAAUGCAUACAGAUAAAAAUCAUCGCGUCUUCUACACGUUUACAGGAGUUAUGUGCGAGGUUUAAUAAAUAAGUCCAUGGGAAAGAUGUAAGUUUGAAAUAAAGCAACAGAUUAUAUAAAAAAAAACAUAAUUUUGUUUCUUUACAUAAAGCGGAUAUAAUGAGAAAAAAAAGUUGGACGCUACAAAUGAUAAAUCAUCAAUCCGAAAGGUGUCGAAGUUUCAUGUUUUUUUCUUAUGUCUAAUUGUGAGUUGCUUAAUAGUUCUAUUGAAGUUUACUUUUAUCGAUACAAACUACAUUAAACCGGAAACAACAUUUUUGAGACUGGUUGGUAAUGAAUCUGCCGCAAGGGACGCUAUGUCAUACAUUUACAAGGUGAAUUCUUCGGUUCUAUACAAUGAAGCAUUAACAAGGGGUUCGUCCGGAAUCUUCUCCGCUAGUCCAGAAGACCCCGGUUUAGUGACCAUCCGACCAGCAGUCACAUCUGUGCGACCAACAACCAUCGAGAACACCACAUCCAGCGAGCGAGUGACAACCAAAUUGAGACCUACAACAACCGAACAACAGACAACUACCAGACGAUCAGUUACCACCGGGCAACCCACAACCACCGAGCGACCUUCAACCAUCUCGCGACUCGCGACCAACGGGCUACCAGCUUUCGAACAGAAUACGUCAACACCAGACGCGUUAACCAAUACCACGUCAUCUCAGCAGGACACUAAUAGGACAAUUCUUUGGUUCAACAAGCCCUCAUGGAUGAUAGAGUCUGUCAUAGAGCAGUCGUUCCGGAAGUGCGAAUACCAGAAUUGUCAUACGUCGACGGACAAGUCAAGUAUGGACGCCGCGGCCGCGGUGAUCUUCACCCUUCCGCACGGCUUGGGAACCCAACCACCUGUGGACCCUCUCAAACGAAACCCCGAUCAAGCCUGGGUAUUCUUCACCCUCGAAGCCCCAUCCUACUAUGGUGGGUUAGGCCAGCCUUAUUUUGCUCCAGGAUGGAAGUUCACAAUGAAUUGGUCCAUGACCUAUAUGCGCGAUGCCGAUAUAUCCUUUCCAUACGGAACUCUCGAGCCACGUUCUGACGCUUACAGUCGAAAUUACAGCGCCAUUUAUGAGCAUAAGACCAAAUUGGUAGCGUGGUUUGUCAGUAAUUGCAAAACGCCUGGAAGGCGGGAAGAUUAUGUUCAAGAAUUGAAGAAUGCCGGCUUAGAGGUUGAUAUUUACGGUGGAUGCAGUAAGCAGGGAUUGACCCUUCCCAGAUCCCGAUUCGAUGAUAUUAAUAAAACAUUAAGUCAGUACUUUUUCUACUUUUCGUAUGAAAAUUCCAUUUGCGAAGAUUAUGUGACAGAAAAACUUUUUGCUAAUUAUAACUACGACGUCAUACAAGUAGUCCGAGGUGGAGCGGACUACAAACAGCUACUUCCGACAAAUUCCUACAUAAAUACCGCUGAUUUCGAUAGUCCUGCUAAAAUGGUGGGACAUUUGAAAGCUCUAGCGGGCAAUCACACUAAAUAUAUUGAAAUGUUGGUGAAUAAGCGAAGUCUUCAGUUGGUUAAGGCACUUGUUGAUAUCGAUCCAAUUUACAGUAAACCAUUUUGUACAUUGUGUGAAAAGUUAAAUAAGUUGGAUGAGAAUAGGAGAGUGUAUACUUCGAUGCAUGAUCAUUAUCGACAAGAUCGCUGCACCUCUUGAUGGAACCUUGUACUCCUGAUGUCUUUAUUUACAAUCUUCUUGCAUUGUUGUCUUUCACUACUGUGAAAAUAUGAAAAAAGCCGAGCUUUAAAUAUUUAUCAGCUUUGUUUAGAUGUCAGCCAAAUUAUCAAAAGAAUGAUACAUUGCAUCAAUUAUUAGUCGAAUCGUUACGGUAGAUUGAUUUUAAGGUAACCUUUCAAAUACAAAGUAAAGAGUUUUUUUGCCAAAGAUAUGCAAAACGGUCGCAUUGUUAAUUACAUAAUCACCCGUAGUUUGUGUCUCUUAAAUGUAGGACACCUUUAUUUAAAAAAAAUGUAUCGAAAUUUCGGACACAAAGAAAUAAUAUUUUAAGUGUUCAAAACCUUAGAGUUAUUACGGUAGUUAUGUCACAUUUAUAGUUGAUCGUGUAUUGAAUAUCUGCACAUAUAAGUAUUCGCCAAUCUCUCACUCUCACCACUUUCAAACAUAGGCUUAAGAAAUAUUUCCUCUUUGAGGCGCAAAAUGAGUCUCACGUGUAGUAACAUUUUUUCUGUUUUCCUCUUAUUCAAAAGUCAAAUACUCCUCCAUAAGUGUCGUAAUGAUUACUGUAGAUUUAAUUUCUGCAAACAAAUAUGCAUAUUGUUUUUUCAAACUAUUUAUAUAGCAAGGAGGUGCAGGCUAUUCUUCAUAACAGUUGUGUAAAUUCAUAUCCUAUUGUGAACAACACUGGUCAUGAAUAUUGUUUUCUGUAAUUAUAAUAUUUGUGUAUAUCUGCCACUUCUAUCAAUCGUAAACUAUUUCAAGAAUAAUGUAUUCCACGUUUUUAAACUCUGACUUUGUACAAUAAUGUACGCGGCUGUUUUUGUUAACUUUUUGUUAUUGUUAUUGGUCGUGUUAAUUAAGAUAUGGUAAUUGUAUAAGCGCGCGCGUGUGUGUGUGUGCGUGCGUUAGAGUGUGUGCAUAUGGGAAAAUGUAAUCAACAAUACAUUUAUAUUUUUAAAUACUUUCUGAUAAUAAAUAUUUGUUCCUUGAGACCAUUUCAAUAUUGGAAGAGAAAUUAAUAAUAUAAGAGAAGUCAUAUAAUAUACUUGCUUUUUAUGACACUUUUAUUACACUGUUACAGUACUCUUAUGUCCGUUAAAGUCUACAUGUUUGCAUUAUAAUGUAGAAAUGCAUUAUACAUACCAUAGUUGUUUGAAGGCCUCAUUGAAAAUAAGAUUACCAUUGUUAAACUGUCUGCAUGACUUUGUAUCAAUGUGUUGUCUUAAUGAGUUACCUUCGGAAAAUAAAGAGAUUAUUAUU